AUGGAAGAACCUCAAAAACUCUUCAGGUUACCAGGAAACAUUGAAGAGGAAGAGGAAUGUGAAAAUGAUAAUAAUUCAAAACAGAAUAAUAAUCCAUCUCGUGCAGAAUCUCCUUUGCUGUCACAGAAAAGUCACAAUGCCUCAUUAAUAGUGCCACGUAAUGUAACUUUAGUCCGAGAAAAUACACAAAAUAGCAGUAUUGGAAAUAUGGGCCGCCAAGAUUCAAAUAGAAGUCGGUACAGAGCAGGACCAAUAAGAAGAUCACGGAGAAGAGCGGUAUUCAAAAAUGGUGAUUGCAAUGUUUUACAAUCUCGAAUAUCUCGACGAUCAUUACGUUUUCUUCAAGAUAUUUUUACAACUCUUGUCGACACGCAAUGGCGCUGGACAUUACUUUGUUUCACUCUAAGUUUUGUCUUGUCGUGGCUAGGCUUUGCAGUUAUUUGGUGGCUUAUUGCAUUUACUCAUGGAGAUUUUGAUAUAAAUCAUUUACCUCCGUUUCAAGCUAAAAAUAAUUGGACACCAUGCAUUUACAAUAUAUUUUCAUUCACCAGUUGCUUUCUAUUCUCGGUUGAAACUCAACACACUAUCGGAUAUGGUAGUAGAUCGACAACCGAAGAAUGUCCAGAGGCUAUAUUUGUGAUGUGUAUUCAAAGCAUCGCUGGAGUCAUGAUUCAAUCAUUCAUGGUUGGCAUCGUAUUUGCGAAAAUGAGCCGACCAAAACAACGUACCCAAACAUUAUUGUUCUCACGCAAUGCAGUCAUUUGUCAACGAGAUGGUGAACUUUGUUUCAUGUUUCGUGUGGCUGAUAUGAGAAAAUCUCAUAUAAUCGGUGCCAUGGUAAGAGCUCAAGUAAUCCGAUCUAUUACAACUAAAGAAGGAGAAAUUCUUACUCUGAAUCAAAAAGAACUCACCGUAGGAACAGAUGAUAAUAAUAAUGGCAAUAUAUUCUUCAUUUGGCCUAUGACAAUUAUUCAUAAAAUUAAUGCAGAAUCACCAUUUUAUGACAUGUCAGCUGAAGAUAUGUUGACGGAGCGGUUUGAAGUUGUGGUUAUUCUCGAAGGAACGAUUGAAUCUACUGGACAGACUACACAAGCGAGAUCAAGUUAUCUACCACACGAAAUUUUAUGGGGUCAUCGCUUCGAGCCAAUGGUGGAUUAUUCCAAAGAACGACAAGGAUAUGAAGUAGACCAUUCCCUUUUUAAUUCUACUACACAAGUCGAUACACCAUUGUGCUCUGGGCGAGAACUUACGGAUUUUUAUAAAGUUCAAGACGAUUCACGUUACAGCACA